AUGCGUUUCCCUCGACCGCUUGCUCUCCGCUGUAGGCCACCCGCUCCCCAACGUACCAGGUCCCUAUUCAAUUUCUUAAGGGCAAAGAAGCCACCGUCCACAGAGCCAGUUCCAGUUCUCUCCGAAGACAAUCUAUUUCAUCCAUUUUCAAAGUCGCCGUUCCCUGCUGUGCGUGCGCGUGGCGAAGCUAUCAAGCAGCUAGCGCCGUGUCCUGUAUGCGCAUCGUCCCAUGGUCAUAUCCAUGCCCACACUAAGGCGCAGCCCAAAGCCGUGAAACACGAGUGCCCGGACUGUGGCUGGCCAACCCAUUGCUCAGAAGAGCAUUGGGCAGAGGACGAGGAACACCGUAAAUAUUGCUCUCGCUUGCGUGAGGCCAAUGAAGAUGAGCACGACCUCAGAAGCGGACGACGGAUGCGAGAAUUUGAGAUGCCUGGUCCUCAGGGUUAUGAAGAAACAGUAUCACUCGCCAACUGGGAUGUCUUCUGGUACACUCGAAACUUCCCUUCCAUGGAUACUGAGCGUUCCCGGAGACAUGCCAGUAAACUUCUGACCUACCCCAUCACGAUCGGGGGAGCUCUACACCAGCAUAGCGGUUUGACCCUAAGCAAUCAAAGGGUAACACCGGAAGGCAGUAGGUCAUUGGCAGCACUACGAAGCACCCUACAUGUACCCCCAGGUGCCCCCGAAACUGACGAAGCCGCGGUCGGGAAACCCCAAGUCCGGAUUUUUAUACUCGGUGCGCGGGCGGAAUCCUCCCUUCCGCCUCACGUUUGGGAACAGCUUUGCAUGCUCUUCCCCUCUACUCAUUUUCACUUGUUCUUUAUCGGCCCCCAAGUGUCGCUCCCUAAGCCACCCAAAGCUACAGUUGCGCCUACCAUGGCAAAAAAAGCAGAAUCGGCAAAGCUCGCUGAGGCCCCAGAUCAGUCUGAAAUGAGAGAGGAAAAGGUCACAUACCUUCCGAAUGUAUACCAACCCCCCACACCUCAACCGAUUGAACGUCUAAAACGCACUCGGUCUUCGCUUGAGCGAUAUGGCGUCCCAUCUUACACUGUCCCGUACACGCCCCAACUUACAAUCACUGGCAUGCAAGCCAAUUAUGCUGACGUGCAUGCUCAGUUCCAGCAUACUCUGGAUCCCUACAGCGAUCUUUUUUUCUUUUUUUCUCCUGGAUUUGGAUUCCCCUCUCCCGACUCGUUCUCGGAGAAUGGUGAACCACUGCUACAGAUCGCAUCACCUACGGAAUGGGGCCCCGUGCUCCCUAUGCUCCUGGCCAGCAAGUGUCCCAUCUUCGUUACCGGAUUCUCCCCUACUGAUGUUGAGCGAGAUGUUCGCUCACUCUCCACGGCCCCUGAAGUUGCGGGUGAAUUUGAAUGGGUCAUCACUCCAGGCCCGAAUAGCUUUGGGAGUGAAAAAUGGGAAGUAGCCGACUUCGACCCUAGAGUCAUGGUGAAAACAAAUUGGGGUAUAUGGGCCAUCCGAGGAAAGAGCAGAGAUGUUCAAGAACAAAGAAGUAUAUUCUCUUCGAUCCUUCCUCGUCUUGCGUAA